AUGAAGAUCACAAACUUCCUUGCUCUGGUGUUUGCCCUCCUGACAGCCACUGCUUGUUACCCUGUUACACAGGGCAAGGUGAAAGCAAAUGCCCAUAAACUCCUCCUGAUCUCCUUCGAUGGAUUCCGGUGGAAUUAUGACCAGGAUGUCGACACUCCAAACAUGGACUACUUGGUCAAAGAAGGGGUGAAAGCGGAAUAUGUAACUCCUCCCUUUGUGACCAUGACUUCACCAUCCCAUUUCACAACCAUGUCAGGUAAGCCCAUCCCAUAUUCCCCAGCUAUCUGGUGUUCAUCCUUAGUUAAAAAAUGUCUAUUCCAUUUAUGUAUUAUUUUGUUUAUGUAGCGAUGGCAACCAACUUAGAUGGCUUUCAAAGAGGGUCUGACAAAAGGCUAUCAGUUGCUACUAACCACAAUGGCUAUGUUCUUUCUCGGCUGUCGGAAGCUGUUGCACUCAUAUCUUGCUUGUCUGCUUCCCAUAGCUUCACAUCUGGGUGCUUCACAUCUGGGUGACCACUGUGAGAAGAGGAUGCUGGAAUAGAAGAGCCAUUAGGCUCUUCUUGUGUUUUUAACUGAGUAUGUGUCAGAGACUGGGCAGAGGAGAAAUGGUGGAGACCACCUCCCCAGCCUGACCCUUCCAGAGAAGAAGAAGACAGUUCAGAAUUACAACAGGGAUUUGAGAGAGGUCACAGCUCAGAAGCAGAUGAGGGGGAAAGCUGGGAAAUAAUGGGAGAGGAAAAGAAACCACCAGGAGGGCAACAGCUGACAGACACAGUGUCUUCAGAAAGCAUUCCAGACACACACACCCUCUCCUAGAAACCGGCAAGCCUUGAAAGUAGUAGAGCAAAGGGCUCAGAAGCAAACGGUCCUUAACGCCACCCCUAGAAGAGAUGAGGAAUGAGGAAUUGGGAGGAAAAAGGGGUGGAGAGUCACUCAGGACAAUGCCAUUAUUCUGAGAGGCUGCAUUCCCAAGCCUCUCUCUGUGAAUAUUGAAUAAAAGCAGAUGGUAAGGACUUUUCCUUGUCUCGUCCGUUCCUGGCAACCUGCCGCGGGGGGGGGGGGGUUACUCCACCGCCUGACAGUAUGCCUCUGAAUGCCAAUUGCUGGGAAUUGCAAGCUGAGGAAUUCCAUUUGCUGGGACCAGGCAAGCGAGAGGCACUAUCAGAGUUCAAGGGCACAUUCCGGCCAGGCAAAAACACUCAAGGAGGGGGCAAAGCAGGGCUGCUGAUGGGUGUGGCCUGGGGGGAAGGGUGUGGUUGAGAAGGGGUGUAAGUUCAAAGGGAUAGAGAGGUCUGGAGAGUUACACUUGGUUCCCAGGCUUGAGUUCCCCAACCCUUACAUAGCUGCUAAAAUAGCAUUGUUCUUGCAUUUAUAGUUCACCUUUCCUCAAAGGAGCUCAAGGUGGUAUAAAUUGUUCCCUCCCACAUUCAUGUCAUCCUCACAACAACCCAGUGAGGUAGACUAGGCUGAGAGGCAGUAACUGGCUCAAGGUCAUUCAGUGAGCUCAUGGCUGACUGGGGAUUUGAACCCUGGUCUCCCAGGUCUUAGUCUGACACCCUAGGCACUACAGCAUACUGGUAUCAGAGAUUUAUGUAUAUCAACUGCUGUGGUGCCACAUAGGCAAUUGCUAUGGGGUUCAGGAAGAGCUCCACCUUCUGGAAAUGUUCGUCCAGGAAGAACUGAACCAUCAUAUAAUCAACGCUAGACAAGUGGUCCAAAAGGAUAACAGAAUCAAUGACACGGCAUCAAAAACAACCAAGUCAUCUAGAAGAACUAACAGGAUCACAAUCCUGCUGUCCGUUCUCCAGCGUAACUCAUCUAACAGCGAGAAGUCAUUGUUACAGUGAAGCUAUGUGAACAGAACAGGUAAUAGAAGCAGGGGUUUAGUGCAGGGAGACAAAACACUGCUUCUUCUACUAGGAGAUCUAGAUUCAGGUAGGUAGCCGUGUUGGUCUGACGCAGUCGAAAUAAAUAAAAAAUUGUCCAGUAGCACCUUAGAGACCAACUACGUUUGUUCUGGGUAUAAGCUUUUGUGUGCAUGCACACGAAAGCUUGCAUGCUUUCUGAAGAAGUGUGCAUGCACACAAAAGCUUAUACCCAGAACAAACGUAGUUGGUCUCUAAGGUGCUACUGGACAAUUUUUUAUUUACUAGGAGAUCUGUUCACAUAGCUUCACCAUUCCAAUGAGCCAAUAAUGAACUGAUUUCACCAAUAAAACAAGGGGGGGGGGGGAUAAUGCUUCUGGUAUAUGACUCCUGUGACUGCCUCCAAGGAAAGAAUAAUAUGUAAAGGGUGUGUGUAUGUGUGCAUGUUAAUCAAAGCCCUUAUCAGAUACCAAGAGAUAAACCUUACAUAAUUCAAGAUAAAAUCUUAUCUUCAAGUUCAGGGACCAAUUAAGCAACUACCUUGUAAUGAUCCUUCUGCUCUUUGCAAAAAGGAAAAGAAAAUGUUAAGAAAAGGGGCAUCUCUUACAAAGGGGGAUGGUGCAGUCGUUGCAGAGGCCCCCAAUUCAACUUUGUUUUGGCUUCAGCUUUGACUGACCUUGCUGCAGUCGAAUACCUUACAGAAUUAUCAAUGGGGAAAUUGUAUAGUCUUUCGGAAAAAUCCUUUGGGAAAGAAGUUUAAGUUGUCAUCUUGUUUAAUUAGUGUUUAUAUUACAUUAUUGUUAGAUGUUCCAUCACAGUAGUCAGCCACCUUAUAAGGUCCAUUUCCAGGACGGGAAGGUGGGUGCUUUGAUUAAUUAAUUAAUUAAUCAAUCAUUGCCAACAAAUAACUUUGAAAGCUGAGGAAAAUUGAUAUUUUUUAUUGCAAAUAGAUAUGCUGGAAGUCAAUCCUAAUUAAAUGAAAGCAUUCAAGGCUAAAAACUUUAUUUGUGGGGUGGGGAGCAGUCAGUGGUGCCCAUGAGGCAUUUCCUCUGUGUCUACAAAGCUCAGAACCCUACCCAGACGCAUGACUGUGUGUGGAUUUUAACCCUGGUCUCCUGGGACCUUGUACAGCACCCUAACCACUACACCACACUGCCACUGUUCUGGCUCUUGAUUCAAACCUGGCAAACAUUCACCUCUAUUUCCUAUGCCGUUUGGCUGGCUAGUGGCCCAAUAUCAUGGGAUGUCUAUUUCCAGCUUCAAUAUUUGUUGCUAGGAACUUUAUUCUCCAAGACGAAAGCUGUUGUUUUCUCUCUUCCCUGCCAGAUCCUGUGACUCAUUCUCUGGGUAGAUCAUUAUUUAUAGUGCAGCUGAAUACUAUAAGCUUUGGCCUUUUGCUAAGAAGUCUAUCGCUCAGCAGUUAAUUUAGCAGAGGCAGUGCCCUGUGCCCACAAUGAAUCUGAACUCUCACUUCCCUCUGCUGAUUUCUGCCAAGGCUGGUCCCAGGCUUCUCUCCCCACCACCACCACCUUCUUCAUGCUCCUCUCUCUCAGUUUUUAGCCUUUUCUGUUAUUUCAGACAGAGCCUCUCUCACCCUGUUCAAAGCCCAAAUCGAGGGUGCCCACUUACUCAUCUCCAAAAAAUAAAGAGUGCAUCACUAGGGAUCGAGAGUGGUAUAUAGAGUUGAGCAUGCUAAUCUGUGAGAGAAGAGGAGCCCCGCUGGAUCAGACCAAAGGCCCACCUAGUCCAGCAUCCUCUUCUCAUAGUGGCCAAUCAGAUUCCUCCAGGAAGCCCACAGGCAAUAGCCCUCCCCUUGCUGCUACUUGUAAGAACACAAUAAGAGUCCUCCUAGAUCUGGCCAAUGGCCCAUCAAGGCCACCAUCCUGUUCUCACAGUGGCCACCCAGAUGUCUCCUUGAGCAACCCAGAAGCAGGACCCAAGCACAAGAGCAACUCUCCCCUCCUGUGGCUUCCAGCAACUGGUAUUCAGAAGCAUUGCUGCUUCCAACGAUGGAAGCAGAACAUAGCCUUAGUGGCUUAUAGUCAUUGAUAGCGUCUCCCCCAUGAAUUUGUCUGAUUCUCUUUUAAAGCCAUCCAAACUGGUGGCCACCAUGACACAGAAAUUACACACACACCGCUGGUCUCUGUUCUUAUAGUUCUUUAUUAUUAAACAAGGCAUGGUCCUGAAAGUCCCACCAGCAGUGGGACUGUCCUCUGAGGUACCUUCCAAUAGAGGACUACCGUCUAUAAAGUAGAUCGCAUGACCACGCAGGUCUGAACUCAAGGCAGGCAGCUGUGGUUCCAGGGAGAGUAUCUUUGGAAGUUGCCUUUCUCCAUGAAGAGGAGAGCCCAGGAAGUCAUGGCUGAAAGCACCCAUCCUAUGUUCAUAAAAGAAGUCCGGUGUGACCAAGUGAUGCCCAACCUGCCUUAUACAUGUAUGUUGAUAUUUCCAGGAAACAUCCAUGAUUAUGACAUGGAAGACUGAUUACACAGGGAUAACAGAAGAGCACAGGAAGCUGCCUUAUACCAAGUCAGGCCAUUGGUGCCUCUAGCUCAGUAUUGUCUACACUGACUGGCAGCAGCUCUCCAGGGUUUCAGGCAGGAGUCUUCCCUUGUCCUAUCUGGAGAUGCUGGAAACUGAACCUGGGACUUUCUGCCUGCAAGGCAGAUGUUCCACCCUUGAGGUUCAAAACUCAGAAACAGAAAGGUUUCUCCCAUAUAUAUAUAUAUAUAUUGCUAUGUUCAACACAGCUCUAAAAAUCUGUAAUGCAAUUACAUGUUUAUAUGGUCUCAUUAUUUACUGGGAAUUAAUUAAAACAGACAGGCAGAUAUGCUUAUAUGCUUACCAGCCAUCCAACAGGUUUUAAUUAAUAUUCCUCAUUAAAAAGAACUUCCCGUAAAGUAAAUACAUUACUCAGAUAAUGAUUUAAUUAGUAUCUGAAUGUGAUUGGUUAAAAAAGAUUAUCUUUGCCAGAAAUUCAUUCUAGGAUGCAAUAUAGUGUGCACUAAUAAAGUGCAGAAGUGGUGAAAUGUUCAGAGCCUGUAGUCUCUCUCACUGGCUCAGUAUCAAAAAUUGUUCUGUAUUCAAGAUGGCAGCAGAACAGAUAGGUCUAGAACACUCAAGUAAGUGAGUCAAGUGUCAUACUACUGCAGAAGCGAGGAGGUACUAUCAGGAGCCCAAGUCACCUAGGGGGCAGUGAGUCCACAGUCCACAACAGAACACCCACCUUUCUUACCAUGUUUCAUCCUUUUUCUUUUCCAAACCUAGGCCGCUGGAUCGAAGACCAUGGUGUCAUCCACAAUAUGAUGUUCAACACGGAGACUCUGAGAAAGUAUGGCCACAAAGAAACACAGAACAAGACCGAAUGGUGGGACAAUGGAGUUCUGCCACUGUGGAUCACAGCUCAAAACCAGGUACUGGAUCCAGAGCAAUGAUUAUAUUGCUAUAAUGAAUUGUCCGAGGGCAUCCUCGAGUUUCUCUGGACCAAGGGUUGCAUUUUCAUGGGGAAGACUAUUAGUGGCAACUAGCUAUGUUCUGCCUCCACCAUCAGAGGCAUUAAUGCAUCUCAAAAUGAAGGCUCUUGUGCUCAGGUCCUGCUUGAGGGUAUCUCACAGGCAUCUGACUGCUUGAACAAGAAUUUGGACCAGAUAGGCUUUUGACCUGAUCCAGCAGGAUCGUCAUAAGUUCAUGUGAUGAACAAGUGGAUGCAGACUGAAGGAUGAUCAAAGUUAAAUCAGCAAAGACCACCCUGAUGGAUGGUCAGGGGUGAUCAAAGGGUAACCGGCACCCGGUGCAGGGUGUUGGGGGCGAGGCAAACCGCCCGGCAGCUCGUGCGCAUGCGCCAUACAUACAGUGCAUGUGCGGCUGCACUACAUACAGUGCAUGUGCAUGCGCUGUACAUAGCAGCACUGCGCAUGCACCGCCAGGUGGUUUGCCGAUGGCGCCGUGGCGGGAUCCUCUGCUCGCGGCGGUGAUGGAAGGGUUCUCCGCUUGCAGCUGCAGUGGUGGCGGAGGGAUCCUCCGCACACGGCUGUGGGGUGCGAUGGCGGCAGCUCACACCGCCGCUCCCAGGGCAGCGGGGCGAGUUUCCCACAGGGUGCCUUCUUGUCACCCCCUCAGAGAUGGCACACAGGGCGGAUCGCCCCCCUCCCUCCGCCACUGUGGAUGCUGUUCACACCUUUCUAGACAGAUAAACCCAAGGAUCUGCAAACAGCACGACUGAAUCAGCAUCAUUGUGGUGUUUCUUGUUUUUUAAUGAAAAACUCUUGUGUUCCUUAACCUAUAAGAAGAACCUAUACAUACAGAUGGCCUGAAAGAAUCUUUAUGUGGAUGUGGUCAGAGGCAGUAACACUUCUGAAUACCAGUUGCUGGAAAUCACAGGAGGAGAGAGUGAUCGUGUGCUCAGGCAUUAGGGCGGCAACUGUGAGAACAGGAUCCUGGGCUAGGCAGGCCACUGGCCAGAUCCAGUAUGUUAUGUUCUUGUGAACUGAAUUUCUCUCCCAUCUCUACUCUCAGGUUUUUGGCCGAUUUCUUGCCUCUGACACAGCUGAGCUCCAUUUUUCCUUUAUUGCUUACCACCUGAAUCCCUCCUCUUCUUCGCUGCUGAGCUUGUCAACACUUGUACAGAAAGUACACUUAAUUCUGGGCAAAUCCAGCUUUCCAGAACCAUCUCUCAUCAUUCAGUAGUCCAAAAGAUUGUCAUUACUUCUUAAUCACAUGAACAAUGAGUAGGCAAUGCCCGUUUUAGGAAUCCCAAGUGGUUACAGCCUGCUGAUAGCUGAAGAUCAGCAAAGCGAUUCAUCUUACGUGGCAUCACCUACAUCAUUUUCAGAGAAAUGUUGACUCCGCAUGCGAUUUGGACAAAACUGGGUUUAUUAAUCAUCAGAUACCAGUCCCUCCCACUCUGCUCCAAUUUGGGCGUGUUUCUGUGGAGAUAAAUGUGUUAACCUCUGGCCAAGUCUAACGGUUUUUCUUUGACAGAAUCCAUGUUGCCAGGAUUCCAUGGGAAACACUGGAAAAGAAAUAGGCUGGUGUAGACUCAUGUAAUGAAGGGCUAAGUUAACCCAAAGAUGGUGGUCCGUUAGGGUAAAUGUGCCCUCAGCCAGUCCUCACCUUCCUACCUUCUUUCUUAACUGACAACUUGUCAUGUAGUGGCCAAAUCAGAAGUGCAGAGUUCUUUCAUCAUAGUCACAGCCGCACCAGAGGCAGCCUCUUCCACUGUCAAAAAGCACUUGCCAUUAGGAUGCUAUUUUGCGGUUUGCCUCAGGUGCCAAAAUGUACUGGGCCCUGAUCACUGUAGAGAUCUGAUUCCUCACUCUGAGAACAAGAUGCAGAACUAGAUGGGUUACUGGCCUGAUCCAGGCAGGUAGUUCUUUUGUUCCUAAACCUACACAGAGAGUUAAGAGCCCGGUUUGGUUGCCAGAAUUUCCUGACCACAUACUAUUUACCUCUUGAUCGACUGGUUGGUUGGUUGAUAAGUUCAGAGGGAGACAAUGAAAUGGCUGAACAUCCCUUAGUCCGUUGAAAGCCCAUGUACUGAUUGCUUUGGAAAAGACAAAAUGUGUCUUGAAUUCAAGGCAAAGGAAUUUGGUCUCAGCAAACAUCACUCUAGCAACUCAGAGAUUAAACAUAAUACAUCUAAUUUCUUUCUUCUUCUUUUUUGAAAAUGCAUUGAUAUAUGAGAGCCUUGAAGUAUUUCUCUAAAGAUAUGUUUCGCUGUUUAGCAGAAGACUAAAUAGAAUGUCAAGAGAAACAGUGACCUUGUAAAUCUCCAGCCAAACAAUAUAACUCCCUUUCUUUUCUUUUUCUGUAUUUCCACUACUUCCACUCUUUCUCUUAGCGAAGGAAAAUGUAGCUACAGUUUCUUUGCCCUCGCAUGGGGGGGUGGGUGCGGGGAAGAGUGAUGCUAAUUCGAAUGACACAUGGAACAGGAAUUUUAAAGAGCUUGUGCAGCUAAAGGUUAAAUCUAGCUUAUGUCAAAUUGAAAGCAGCCUUCAAAGUGAAAAGCAGGAGAAACCAAAAUUACAAAGCACUUUAGUUUAAGCAAAGGGUACGAUCAGGAAAGGGGGUGGGUGGAAACAGCCCCGCAAACCUGCCAGCUGCCUCAAUUCACAACUUUGAGGAAUAAUAAGAAUGUCUGUGACGCUCUGCAAUAAAAGAAAGCAGCAAUAUUAACAGAAAAUAACAUUCCCAGUAAAACUGGUAAUAAUCGCAAAUUUUAUAGCUGCUAGUAAAGUUGAUUAUGUUAAUAAAAUGGGGAGGCAAGAACAGUAAAUACCCUCUUGUUUCUACAUAAUUAUAUUUUUAUUGAGCUUUAUUAAAUUGUUUUGUUGGAAAUAAGAACAGGAGGAAUUCCCCUGCCAGGUUUUGACUCAAUGUGAAUUCAGCUACUUGGGUUAAAAAGAUCUGGAGCCAGACGUCAAAGCUCUCCAAGGUACAAUUCUGGGGAUAAAGAGGGGGAGGAAAAGAGCAUAGUCACUGCCCUCCACUGGGCCUGUUUAUGCAUAUAGGUUGGAGGGAGAUGAGCCUCAGACUCCAGGCUUCUCUAGUUCACACGCAGAACUCUCCCUAGGAGAUGGUCCCUCACCAGCCACACCCUUUUCCCCAUGUCAAACCCCUCACCAACCCUGAUUCGCACCCUCUUGAUAGUUUUUGGCAGGCUGGAAAACAUCAUUGAACUCUGGUAAUGCUUCUGGCUUGUCUGCCUGGAGGACAGAGAUAUAUGAGUAAAUUAACAUUUGUUGCUCUACCCACUUUUGCAUGUGGCCCCCAGAAGCUUCCCUAGAUGGGAAUGUGGCCCUCUAGCAGAAAAGGGUGCCCCGUCCUAAUAUAGAUGUAUAUAGAUGUAUGUACACCCCAGUGCCUGAAACUCAUAAGCCAUUUUAUGCAGUGAUAGUUGGGAUCAAGGGGUAAACUUUUCUCAGGACUUCGCCAGUUCUGGUAGUGCAUGGAUAGCAAGUUUGCAGAUAAAACUCCUUGUGCAUGGAAAUUUAGCACAUUAGGCUAGCCAUCACUUUGCCAUGUUUUAAUUUAUACAGGGAAAGUAUAGAUUGUAAGCUCUUUGGGGAUGGGGAUCUGUCUAUUCCCACCCCACACCCCACCCCGGUUCUGUAACUCUGUAAUGCUCAAUGUAAUCCCACAAUACCCAGAGGGACAACCUUGAAUGCUAUGGCACUUACUUCUGAGUAGAAAUGUAUAGGGUUGCAUUUUGAGAUAACAAACCUGUUUGCAUUCAGCUGGAAUUAACCUUCAUUGGAACAGUGGGACUUACAGUGGUACCUCGGGUUAAGUACUUAAUUCAUUCUGGAGGUCCGUACUUAACCUGAAACUGUUCUUAACCUGAAGCACCACUUUAGCUAAUGAGGCCUCCUGCUGCUGCCGCGCUGCCGGAGCACAAUUUCUGUUCUCAUCCUGAAGCAAAGUUCUUAACCUGAAGCACUAUUUCUGGGUUAGCGGAGUCUGUAACCUGAAGCAUAUGUAACCUGAAGUGUAUAUAACCCGAGGUACCACUGUACUUCUGAGUAAACAUACUCAGGAUUGCACUGUGAAACUACGAAAAUGUGGAACUGGUAUCCCAAAGAGUGCCAAAUAUCACAAUGGAGAUUCUGAUGUUACAAGCGGGACUCUGUCCUUAGUACAAUCAUACCUCGGAUUACAGACACUUCAGGUUGUGUGUUUUCGGGUUGUGCACCGCGCCGAACCGGGAAGUCCUGGAACAGGUUACUUCCGGGUUUCGGUGCUUGCACAUGCGCAGACACACUAAAUCGCGUCAUGCGCAGAAGCGCCGAAUCAUGACCCGCACAUGCGCAGAUGCGGCGCUGUGGGUUGUGAAUGCUGUAGGUUGCGAACGUGCCUCCCACAUGGAUCACGUUCGCGACCCAAGCAUCCACUGUACCUGGACAGUAUUAUGAACUCAGAUUGAUCUUUUCAUUCCUUGGCAGGAUUUGCCUGUUUUUGUGAAGUUGGGUUUUAAAUCAGCUUUGACCUUUUCUCAGCCCCAAAAUGGCAUAUUAAAUGUCAGUAAGAACAUUAUGAUAAGCAUAAUAAUCAUAAUAAUAAUAAUCUGGCUGGUGCUACUCUGAAAUUAAUUGAAUUAAUAAAAUUACUCUGUAAAAUUUAUGGCAGAGGUUACCUCUGAUUUGACAGGCAUUUCAUAUGUGGAGGAAAUUUCUACCUUAUGCCGUAAUCCUAUACGUGUUUAUUUUUUUUAAUAUAAUUUUUAUUAUUUUCAGUAAUAAAACAGAAACAUAAAAUAUGACAUUAUGAUAGCCAUUCAAAAGCAUUUGCUCUGCCGAGCUUGUGACUUCCCUCCAUCCCUUCAACUGGUUUCCAAUUUCCUAAAAAACUGUAUACGCAUUUCUGCUGUCAGUUUCUGUCCUUCAAUACAUAUCAAAUCCUUCUAUUAUCCAUGUUCAGAUACUAUUUUUAUAUUGUGUAGCAGGAUUUAUGUCAAUCCUGCUAGUGUCUUCACAUUUUUGCAAUGAUCUCUCAAGUACUCAAUAAAUUUACUCCAAUCUCUCUGGAAUUUCUCGUCACCUUGGUUCCGGAUCCUCACAGUCAGUUUGGCUAGCUCCGCAUAGUCCAUCAUCUUCAUCUGCCACUCCUCAAUCGUUGGUAAUUCUUGUGAUUACCACCUUUAGGCUAACAAAAUUCUUGCUGCAGUGGUGGCAUACAUAAACAGUCUUUGGUCUACUUUUGCAAUCUCUUCUCCCAUCAACCCAAGCAAAAACGCUUCCGGUUUUUGGGGGAAGGUAUAUUUUAACAUCUUUUUUAGUUCAUUAUAGACCAUUUCCCAAAAAGUUUUCACCUUAUAAUAAGUCCACCACAUAUGGUAAAAGUCUCCAUCCUUUUCAUUGCAUUUCCAAUAUAUUUUUCAUCCUAUACAUUUUGGCCAGUUUUACUGGGGUCAAAUACCACCAAUACAUCAUUUUCAUUACAUUUUCUUUCAGUGUACCAUACAUGCUGUAAAUUUUAAAUUCUGAUUCCAUAAUUUUGACCAAGAUUCAUACUGGAUAUUAUGCCCAAUGUCUAUAGACCAUUUCGUCAUUACUUCUUUCACCUCUUCAUCUUUAGUACGCCAUUCUAACAAAAAGUUGUACAUCUUUGACAACAGUUUAACUUUACCCUCCAGCAGUUCAGUUUGAAAUUUAGAUUUCUUACUUUCAAAUCCGCAAUUCCUUUUGUCAGCACUAAAUACCGUAUUUUUUGCUCUAUAAGACUCACUUUUUCCCUCCUAAAAAGUAAGGGGAAAUGUGUGUGCGUCUUAUGGAGUGAAUGCAGGCUGCGCAGCUAUCCCAGAAGCCAGAACAGCAAGAGGGAUCACUGCUUUCGCUGCGCAGUGAUCCCUCUUGUUGUUCUGGCUUCUGAGAUUCAGAAUAUUUUUUUUCUUGUUUUCCUCCUCCAAAAACUAGGUGCGUCUUAUGGUCUGGUGCGUCUUAUAGAGCGAAAAAUACGGUAUAUCAUUUACUUGGUAACAUUGCAGCCAACCAGUAAACAUUUCCCCUAUCUGUUCAUAUGGUUUGAGUUUCCACCAUUUCUCUGUUUCUAUCAACAUUUCACCAUAGGUGGCCCAUUUCUCUUCCAUAUUAAAUUUUUUAACAGUCAGUGCUUCUACUGGAGAUAGCCACCAAGGUGUUUUCCAUUCUAACAGAUUUUUAUAUCUAUCCCAUACAUCAUAAAUUGAUUUUCUUAUCAUGUGGUUUAGAAAUCCUUUAUGCAAUUUUACUUUAUCAUACCACAAAUACGAAUGCCACCCAAAUCUGUUAUCAUAACCUUCUAAGUCCAAUAAAUCUGUAUUUUUCAAUGUUAUCCACUCUUUCAACCAACACAAGCAGGACGCCUCAUAGUAGAGCUUCAAAUCUGGCAAGGAGUUUCUUUUUUGUCUAUUAAUAAUUUAAACUUUAUCCUUGGUUUUUUCCCUUGCCAGAUGAAUCUCGAUAGAAUCUUUCGCCAAUCCUUAAAUUGCCCUGUUCCUUUAAUUAUCGGAAUCAUUUGAAAAAGAAAUAACAUCUUGGGUAGAACAUUCAUCUUUAUAGCGGAUAUUCUGCCCCACAAUGACAUAUUUAAUCUGUUCCAUAUUUCUAAAUCACUUUUAAUUUCUCUCCAUGUUAAAACAUAAUUGUCAUUAAACAAAUUAAUAUUUUGGGGGGUUAAUCAAAUUCCUAAAUAUUUAGCUUUUUUGACCACCGUAAUUCCAAAUUCUUGUUGCAUCUCUUCUAAUUUUCCUUUAUUCAUAUUUUUCAUCAACAUUUUUGUCUUUCCUUUAUUCAACUUAAAACCUGCCAACUACCCAAAUUCUUCAUUUUUUCCCAAUGAUUCCCUUACACUGGUUUGUGGCUCUUCUAAUGUUAGGACCAAAUCAUCUGCAAAGGCUUUUAGGUUAUACUUUUUUACACCGAUUCUUAUACCUUUCAUGGUUAUAGAUUCCCACAGGUUUUUUGUCAAGACCUCCAGGACAGUAAUGAAUAAUAGUGGCGACAACAGACAUCCCUGUCUUGUUCCUUUAAAUCCUAUACGUGUUUAAGCAUUGAGCUCAAUGAGGCCUAUGCGAAUGUCCAUCACUGUCCUAACCGCAAGAGUCCAAUUAAAAAAAACAAAAAGUGGAAUUGUUACACCAGAGCACUUUAAUUCACUAAAAUUAUGUGACUCUAAAUUUACAGUAUUGCAGCUGAAUCCCUUCCACAGAACACUGAUAGUCUGGAGGUGGCAUUUGCACUAACAAACCGGGGAAAAUGUUCAAUAAACAGAGUGUCUGGAAGCAGCUUCAGAGUGUGCUGAAGUAUGUUUGCAUUCAGGUUGCAACAACGAAGAGAGAUGCUUUGGCUUGAUUUUUCUUGUCCUUCACACAGUUAAGAAUAUUCCCUGACCUCCCCAUUUUUUAAUUUUAAAAAACCCUCAUUUUUUCUCCACUAGGGGAAGAAAACAGCUUCAUUUCACUAUCCCGGUGGAGGUGCCAAUUACAGUGGCCAGGGAGUUCAAAGGAGUUUGGUCGAGUCCUUUACUCACCCCGACAGCAACGAGACGGAGUGGAGGGAAAACAUUGAUAUCGUCAUGAAAUGGUUCGCCGAGGAAGAUUUUGAUUUUGUCACACUUUAUUAUGGGGAACCUGACAAGGUGGGGCACAUGGUUGGCCCAGAGACUGAAGACAGGAAAACGAUCAUCCGACAGAUUGACCGGACCAUCGGUUACCUCCUUGAAGCAAUUGAAAAACACGGCUUGAAGGAGACCCUCAAUGUCAUCAUCACGUCCGAUCAUGGCAUGACCACGGUCAGAAAGAAACCGGAAGUUACUGAGAUCAUGCUGAGCAACUACAUUAAAUUCAGCGACCUGGUGAAAUUUGACAUCGUAGACUAUGGUGGCUUUGGCAUGAUCCUCCCCAAACCGGGUAAAGAAGAGGAAAUCUAUCAGGCAUUGAAAAAUGCCCACCCUCAUCUCAAAGUGUAUAAAAAGGGAGAGUUUCCUGAGCAUUUCCAUUACGCUCAACAUGAACGGGUUUUGCCAAUCCUGGUUUAUGGAGAUUCAGGUUACAGUGUCAAUGGGGUAAGUUCAUUAUGAAAUCAUGACUUCUGCAUACAAGUUGCUGGGGAUCCUAAGAGAGGAGAGGUGAUAUUGCACUCAGGUCCUGACUAUGCCUUCCCACUGGGGCAUCUGGUUGUCCACUCUGAGAACAGGAUGCUGAACUAGAUGGGCCCCGGCCUGAUCCAACAGGUGUCUCCUUAUGUGGUUUCCACUCCAUGCAAAAUACUUGGAUCUUUUCAAAGUAAAAUGCCAUAUUAACACAUGCACAUUACUAUUAUUAUUAUUAUUAUUAUUAUUAUUAUUACUACUACUACCCCGCCCAUCCAGCUGAGUUUGCCCAGCCAUGCUGGGCGGCUCACAACAGAAUAUUAAAAAUACAAUAAAACAUCAAACAUUAAAAACUUCUCUAAACAGGGCUGCCUUCAGAUGUCUUCUAAAAGUCAGAUAGUUGUUUAUUUCCUUGGCAUCUGAUGACAGGGCAUUCCACAGGGCAGGCACCAAUACCAAGAAGGCCCUCUGCCUGGUUCCCUGUAACCUCACAUCUCACAGUGAGGAAACCGCCAGAAGGCCCUUGGAGCUGGACCUCAGUGUCUGGGCAGAACGAUGGGGGUGGAGAUGCUCCUUCAGGUAUACUACGCCGAGGCCAUUUACGGCUUUAAAGGUCAGCAACCAACACUUUGAAUUGUGCUUAGAAACAUACUGGGAGCCAAUGUAAGUCUUUAAGGACUGGUGGUAUAUGGUCUCGGUAGCCACCCCCAGUCACCAGUCUCGCUGCCACAUUCUGGAUUAGUUGUCAUUUCCAGGUCACCUUCAAAGGUAGCUCCACAUAGAGUGCAUUGCAGUAGUCCAAGAGGGAGAUAACUAGAGCAUGCACCACUCUAAUGAGGCAGUCUGUGGGUAGGUAGAGUCUCAGCUGGCAUACCAGAUGGAGCCGGUAGACAGCUGCCCUGGACACAGAAUUGACCUGCACCUCCAUGGACAGCUGUGAGUCCAAAAUGACUCCCAGGCUGCGCACCUGCUCCUUCAUGGGCACAGUUGCCCCAUUCAAGACCAGGGAGUCCCUCACACCUGCCCACCCUGUCCCCCAAAAAGAGUACUUCUGUAUGGUCAGGAUUCAACCUCAAUCUGCUAGCCGCCCUCCAUCCUCCAACUGCCAUAAUUCAGGGGAAGGGAACCUGUGGUCUUCCAAGUGUUGUGGAACUAAUUGUUUUUAUAUAUGAACUUGGUUUGUUGUAUGUUUUUGUUCCUGAUGUUUUAUUGUGCUAUCCCUCUAAGAUGUUUCAUAGGAAAUGAUUCAUAAAUGGAAGGGAAUGAGGAAAUAAACAGCAACACCCACCAUACCUGGCCCAUGCAGGCAGCCCAAAGUAAUCCUGGACAGAAGCUUUAAAUGUUGAGGUGCACGAGGCAGGAGGCAGAGAUUUCCAUCCCAUCUUGUGUUCAUUGCACUCAGCACUGUUAACCUUCUGUUGCACUUCGGCUUCCACUAAAACCUACAUCCCACUAGUCACUGUGGCCGAAACUAUUUCAAUUUCAGUGGAAGGGAAACAUCAGAUCAGAUGCAACGUGAAGAAAUAAUAUAUUAUUUAACAUAAAGACUAUGGACUAAAAGAAAAAAACAAUACUGAACACUGCUCAUAUUUGACUGUGUGAUUUCCAUUCCUGAAUAUGCAAAUCGUAGCCAAUUUAUGCUCCUAUUUCAAUUUCUGAUGGAAUUCUCCCUAUGCAAAAUACACACUCCACUGGCUGUGAUCUUAAAUGUUUGCUAUUCAGAAUAGUGGUUAAAAUUCAAAACAUCGUAAAGACUAGUACAAUUUUUGUGGGGAAAUGACAGUAAGCGCGCAGCAUGGCUUUUUACUCUCACUUUCGCCUUGGGAUCUUUUCCUUCUGAUUGCGCCCCCAUGUGGCAAACUCUCAGGCAUGCUGCAACCUGGAGAGACAAGAAAUUCCUAAGAUCUGCAAAGCGGAAUGCAUGGGAAAGCUCACCACCUGGGCGUGCAUCCUAUGGAAAUGUUUCCAUUGCAAAAUGGUGUGCUCCACUGAGCUUGUCGUAUCCAAAAUGAAAAUGUGCAUAGAACCUAAAAACAUUCAGAAAAAGUACACAGUAUGGCCCUCCUUGUAUGGAAGGGGUGAGAAGAGGGAAUAGAUGCAUCUCUAUUUUAAAAACUGCCUGCUAGCAUGUCAAGGAGGUGGCCAGACGAUAGCAGAGGAGAUGGGACUCCAGGGUCUCUCCUCCCUCAGCUGUCACCUGGCAGGAGACCCUGCAAGAGCCUGCAGCAGACUGAGGAAGGGAAGGGAAGCAGGUCCAUUCCCCACUCAGCUGAGAGCUCAUCAAUGUUUGCUUUCUCCUCUCCUUGCAUGCCCCAAUCCACCCGCAUUCUGGUUAGUCCUUACAAGAACUCUGUAACUAAGAAUAAUAAAUAAAUAAAUAAAUAAAUAAAUAAAUAAAUAAAUGUUAUUUAUACCCUGCCCUCCCCGGCCAGAGCCAGGCUCAGAGCGGCUAACACCAGUAAAAUUACAGUAAAAACAUAACAGGAAAAGAAACCAAUUUAAAAUAAAGGUUAAAAUGCGAUUCUAAAAUGCAGCCUCAUUUUAAAAGUAGCCUAUAGAUCAAAACUGUAAGGGGAGGGAAACAUAAGGGUCAGACUGAGUCCAAACCAAAGGCCAGGCGGAACAGCUCUGUCUUGCAGGCCCUGUGGAAAGAUGUCAAGUCCCGCAGGGCCCUGGUCUCUUGUGACAGAGCGUUCCACCAAGUCGGGGCCAGUACUGAGAAGGCCCUGGCCCUUGUUGAGACCAAUCUAACCACCUUGUGACUUGGGACCUCCAAAGUGUUGUCAUUUGUGGACCUUAAGGUCCUCCGCGGGGCAUACCAAGAGAGGCGGCCCCGUAGGUGCCUGAGUUUGCUUUUUCCUCCUCUCUCCCCAUCCCUUUGCCAUUUAUGUUGUGCCUUUCAGAUUGCAAGUCAUUAUUUAUAUUUGUAAGCUGCUUGGAGGCAGAAAUGCUUCUGAAUUCCAGUUGCUGGAAUCCAUAAGAGGAGAGACUGCUCUUGGGCUCUGGUCCUGCUUGCCCUCAUUGGGGCAUCUGAGUGGUCACUGCAAGAACAAGAUUCUGGGCUAGAUGGACCAUUGGCCUGAUCCAGCAGGCUCUAAUUGUGCUCUGCAGGCCUUUUAUUUUUCAGCUGAAGAGCAUGGUGAAAAUAGUAUCAAUAAAGAGCCAUUUCCCCAAACAAGCUAGUUUUCAGUCAUACAGUUGCCCGCCUGCAUUCUCAAGCAGUUCAAUCUGCAGUUCCACAAGCUAUUUCUAAACAUGUAGACUGAUCUUCAGACCAAGUUAACACAUUUCAUGCAUCCUGAAGCAUGAAAGACCUCUUCACACAUCAUACUUUUUUUUUUAGGUGUACGUCUGAAGUUUUCAAAGCAUAAGGCUAGAAUUGUAAACCACGGAUGUGAACUUGGUGCCCAGUUUCGAGUGGAGCAAUAGUGACAUAUAGUGGCUGAUGCACCAAGUCCUAAGGCUUCCAACAUUUGGCAGGCAGUGAUGAGAACUGAGAGGUUAUGAGAGGUCAUGCUUUGUAUGAAUCAUUUUGACAUUGCACAGCUAUCUACUUGUCUGUCUGUCUAUCUAUCUAUCUAUCUAUCUAUCAUCUAUCUAUCUAUCUAUCUAUUCUUUGCACACAACAUUUCCUCGAGUGACAUGUUUGCAGAGGGUUACACAUGGCAUGCUCAUGGCGCAUUUUUAGAUCUAGAUUUAAUAUUAAUACAUUUUUCCUGUUAAAAUAUUCAAAGGGCUUACAAUGAAAACCAGUAAAAAUACAGUAUAAAACACUCAACGUGCAUAUUUUCAAUACAGUGGUACCUCAAGUUAAGUACUUAAUUCGUUCUGGAGGUCUGUACUUAACCUGAAACUGUUCUUAACCUGAAGCACCACUCUAGCUAAUGGGGCCUCCUGCUGUUGCCGCGCCGCCGGAGCACAAUUUCUGUUCUCAUCCUGAAGCAAAGUUCUUAACCUGAAGCAAUAUUUCUGGGUUAGCGGAGUCUGUAACCUGAAGAAUAUGUAACCUGAAGCGUAUGUAACCCGAGGUACCACUGUACUGUAUUACAAUCAUAGGCCCCUGCUGCUGCUGCUGCUGCUGCUGCUGCUGCUGCUAUUGCUACUGUAGUUUCUGGGGCUGUUUUGCAGAUCCCCAAAGAAUCCAUCCAAAGGGUAACCUUCCUUUUGGCAGCUACCUUGGAUAGUUCUGUGCUUAAAAGAACCCACCCUGUGUACUCCCCCACAAACUGUUCAUCUAGUCAGCAGAGCAUGAGGCUCUUAAUCUUAGGGUUGUGGGUUCAAGCCCCACGUUGGGCAUAAGAUUCCUGCACUGCACGAGGUUGGGCUAGAUUGACCCUUAUGAUGAUCCCUUCCAACUCUAUAAUUCUAUGGUUCUGUUAAUGAGAACGGGGGGGGGGGGAUUAUACUAGUCCUGGAGAUGAUCUAGUUUAUUUCUCUCCCUUUAAAAUCAAUGGGAAGAAAAAAGUGUCCCCCCAAAACAAAAUUAGAGAAAGGGUCUGGGAGAACUGAAAGAAAAAUGUCUCCUCCACCACCAGCACCUUCUGCUCAAACACAGCAGGGCAUAGGAAAAGGCAGAUUGUCCACCUCCACUUCCCACACCCACUUUAUGAUUGCUGUGUAGUAUCCCCCCCCAAAAAAAACCCCACAUCUACGCUGCUACCCAUCACUACAGCUUGUGGUUACAAAUCCCAUAAUUUAAUUCUGUGUUGCUUAGCUAUGCACCCAGAUGGAAUCGUUAAGGAAGCACUUUCCUCCAGAAACCUAAGAGCACUUCAGGCAUGCAAUAAAUAUAAGUGCACAAACCAUUGGAAAUGUGCUUACGUUCUCUUUUCAGAGGUUCAUCCUCUACGUCAACAAAGGUGACCAUGGAUUUGACAACGAAGACAUGGAUAUGAAGACCAUCUUCAGAGCUUUUGGUCCGGAUUUCAAGAAGGGCUAUUUGGCAGAACCCUUUGACACCAUCCACAUUUACCCGUUGAUGUGUGAGCUCCUGGGAGUCCAUCCCGAACCCAACAAUGGCUCUUUGGCAUUCACUCGCAACAUGCUCCAUUCAGCACCAUCCAGGAACAUCCUUAUUCCCAUCCUUGUAGGAGGCAUCCUGGGAGUCCUGCUUCUUCUGAUACCCAUCUCCAUAGUGUCUUACAGGGCUAGUCAACGUCAGAAGAGGUAAGCCGUGUUUCCUUCUUUGUUCCCUAGUUCUGGAAUGGCAUGUUGUGGAAGGAGGAAGCAGAGGUAAAGAAGGCCAGUGUUGGCACCUGGCACCCUCAGGCAGUUGACAGGAUCCAUUGCUACAUAGGAACACAGGAAAAUAACUUAUUUGGAGUCAGACCAUGGGGUCCACAAUUGUCCACAAUGACUGACAGCAACUCUCUGGGAGUUCAGGCAAGGGACAUUCUCCGCUCUGUCUGGAGAUGCCAGGGAUUGAACCUGGGACCUUCUGCAUGCAAAACAGAUGAUCUACCACUGAGCUAUGGCCAUCUGCCCUUUGGGGAAGGGCCACAGCUCAGUGGUAUAGCAUCUGCUUUGCAUGAAGGAAGUCCCAGAUUCAAUCCCCAGCAUCUCCCAGUUGGGGUGACAAAGACUCCCCUACUUGAAAUCCAGGAGAACCUCUGCCAGUCAAAGGUGCAAAGGUAAGAAUCACAUAAAUUGCCCUGCCCACUUUUGGAUCUGGCCCCACCCACCACUGAGGCAAUGUGUCCCUCAGACUGAAAAAGGGUCUUUCCACUCAUAAUGUACUACAUAAGGCAAAGGACAGGAGUGUUCUUAUUCCCGAGAGGCAGAUCAGCAAACGCCAGCUAGCAAGCCAUUCACUGCAAAUCCUGUUUUAUUCACUCCUGUAAGAAAUAAAUAUAAAAAUCUGCAUCUUCACAAAUCACAUCUGCACUCUGAAACCACAAUAAAACACCAGCAUGCUCUUUUCCCAGUCAUAAUUUUGUCAUGUUUCACUCACACAUUGAUUAUUCGGCAAUGAAAUAUCAAUGCAAGUCUUAUUACACCCUAUGAAAACAUCCUAGUAAACAACAUGUAUCUGUAUAAAACUUUCACGUGGAUUCAAUCAGCCGGCAAUUAUGAGGGCCAUUUAUUUCAUUUAUUUAUUUAUUUUUGCUUGCGACACUAUAAAACAUCUCUCAUGCAAUGUUCAUUUCGCCUUCUAAAUUGCUGGGCCCGUAAAGAGACAUCUGCACUGCAAACUAUGGCACAGUAAAAUUUGGGUCCUCAAUUGUCACAUCGCAAAAUGCAACCCGCAUUCAUAGAGAAUGCAGUAGAAAACACAGCAAUUUGCCUGCUUUGUUACCCUACCCCCCCCCCCCGCUUGCACAGAUGCAGCACAGAAACACAAUACAAAAGAUCAGAGGGGCCUAAUGCAGGGGUAAGGAACUUUCUUCAGGCUGAGGGGGACCACAUUACCUUUUAGGCAACCUUCUGGGGGCCAGACACCAGUGAUGGGCAGGGCCAGGGGCAAAAGUGAGUGGAACGACGAAGGCUAAUUUUGCCUUUGUGCAGAAGCUGUGCCAAGGAUAAGGUUCUUAGAGGAUAAGGCUAUUCAUGGCUACUAGCAAGGAUGGCUAUGCACUGCCUCCAUGGUCUAAGUAUCACUUGCUGAAAACCGCAGGAGGGGAGAGGGCUCUUGUGCUCGGAUCCGGCUUCAAGAUUUCCCACCAGUAUCUGCCUGGCCACUGUAAGAACAGGAUGCUGGACUAGAUGGGCCACUGACCUGAUCCAAAGACUCUUCUUAUGUUCCUAGGCUAUUUUCUACACACAUCCAUCCAGAAAAGCACUGCGACAUUGAGCUAGAUAGACCAGUGGUCUGAUUCAGAGUAAGGCAGCUCCCUGUUCCAGGCACCAAUCAAACCAAGACCCACUGGGCUUCAGCAAGGGGGUAGCCUCGUGGUAGCCUUGUGUGCCUUCAGACCAUACUGAGAGCUUUGCCUGCCGGACAGCUACGCCCCAGUCCAUACAUUCGUCUUGAGAUGUGCAGAUGAGUGGGAGCCAGUGUGGCACAACAGAGCCACCCUGCCAGCUCUGGCAUCUCUGCAGCUUAUUUGGAUGCAAUAAGGCGGCAGCAGGGUCAGGACUCUAUGGAUGCACCAUCAGAUUGGCACCCACAAUGCCUCCAUGCAGCCCAUACCUCCUUGCAUAGGAGCCAACUCCUAGGGGCCGAGGGGUCUUUGGGGCCCCCAAUAAAAUAUUUGAGGGGGACUGGGGCCCCCAAAAGUUGAUGGGCACUGCCAAUCAAAUGGUGUGCGUGCAUCGUGUCAUGUGGUCGAUUAUGGGGGGCAGGGCUUACCUGGGCAUCCCUAAUAUUUUAUUCAAGUUGGCACCCCUGCCUCUUUGCCACCCAGGAAUUUAUUAUUAAUUCUACACCACCUUCCCCUACCCAAUGGCAAGGAGUUCAAGGUGGUGUACAUGGUUCUGCCCUCCCCAUUUUAUCCUCACAACCCUGUGAGGUAAGCUAGGCAGAGAGACAGUGACUGGUCCAAGGUCACCCAGUAAGCUUCAUAGCUGAGUAGGGAUUCACACCCAAGUCUCCCAGGUCAUGGUUCAACAAGAAACAUAGGGACAGCCUUUGCAACUUGAGAAAUGCUUGUGGUCAGCCCUGAACAAGUCCACAUUAAAAGGCAUACGCUUUUAGCUGGAAUACUUCCUGCCUUCCUGAGUGUGCCAGGAUCCGACCAAGACUACAGCUAGUUGCCAUCUCAUUAAAUAAUGAUAUUCCACUACUCCCCAACUUGAAAUAUAUCUCCAGUUGUGGGUUCUUUUCUUUUUCUUUCUCUCCCUUUGCAUAGAAACCAUUUCCAAUCCCUAAUUAACAAUAGCAUAGCAGAUGUUUUAUUAAGCAUAUCAUCUAUCUCUGGAUAAAAAGCAUCUAGAAACGACUCCGGCAAUCUGUUAGAAGCCAGAACGCUCUACGUAAACAGCGGCAAAACGCGUCCAUUCAAAACGCAUUUUCAAAGAUUGCACAUAUGUUUUUUUGCUGGUUUUGUGGGCUGUGAAAUGGGAAAGCAACCAGCUUUUUGUGAACAGCUUUGCCAGAGCAGAGGAAUAUAAAGUCUCUUUUUUAAAAAACUAAAAACCAAUUUUGUCAAUUGUUAUGCUUCUAGCUCAGGUAUAAAAAUCUACUACCUGGUACUGUUGCUCAUUACCCCAAUAUCCAAGCAGUGAGAGAUUCUGGGGGUCCCAGCACGUACCCAGGGUUCGAUUUCCUUAGGAUGACGGUCAAUAGAGACUGCAAUGUCUAUGGGAUAUAUGCCUUUAUGUACACCUAUAAACAACCUGAACAUAGGAUGGAGAGGCUCACAACAUUAACACUGCAACAUCUUGCUUCCCCAUGAGGUUUCCAGAGAAAGUGUGCUCUGCAGCAUGCCACUGAUGCUGUAAUAGCACAUGAACUGAUACAAAGCCAUCCAUACUUCAUUCUGCUUUAUUAGUUGCUCUGCACUGCUUCCCCAAUGUCACCUCAUUAUCAUCAUUGUCCGACAAAAGCUGGACAAAACAACAACAACCAGAACAUUUGAUGUAUAAAAGGCUGUGGGAUUUCAGCAGGAAGGUAAGGGGCGUGCAUUGAUUGGAAACCAAGCAGUAUGUCUGCCCCAAAAUUUUUGCAGGUGCAAAUAGUAUUAAAAGCAGGAUGCAUAUAACUACCCUGAUACCAUGAGCACAAAGAAUCAUGAAUGCACAAUAAAAAGAGAUGUCUGGAUGGGGCUGCCAACCUGCAGCAACUAGUAAAAGUUUCAGGUUCCACUCGCAGUUCUGUCUUUGCUGUGCCCCUAGAGGAAUCUUACCUGCUCUGAGCUGUUAAGAGGUUCUGCGUCACCUUAAAAUGACAGUUCUCAAAUUCAGAAACCCUGCUGUGUGCAAUGAAACACUCCCCUCCAAAGGCAAGUUAAUUUUAAAUUCUAUUUGAAUACCAAAAACGCUCUCCAAAUCAUAUCUGAUUUUCUCUCUCUCUCUCUCUCCAAACGCUCCCAUCCAUUACAGGAAGAAAGAUGAGCAUCCCGAAGAAAUGAAAAAGACAGUGCCGCCGUCAACUGGCUUAUGA